AAAGGUCGCAAGAAAAGCAGAGAGAGGGGUUCUCUGAGAAGGAUCGAGAUCGAAGGAGAAGACGAGGAGCUCGUGAUGCAGCCGCUCCCGCAACACCAGCGAUCAGUGGCGAUGCCGGCGGCCGUCGGACCGGCGGCGAGGCGGAGGUGUGAGGGCACUGCUUUGGGCGCCAUUACCCUUGACCUUCGCCCUGGGCUUGGCAUCGGUCCCUUCACCAUUGGAAUGCCCAUCUGUGAAGCCUUUGCUCAAAUAGAACACCAGCCCAGCAUCUAUGACGUGGUUCAUGUGAAGUAUCUUGAUGAGGAACCUUUAAAACUGGAUAUUGUUAUUGCCUUCCCAGACCAUGGUUUCCACCUUCGUUUUGAUCCUUGGUCACAAAGAUUGCGUGUGAUUGAGGUUUAUGAUGUGAAACGAUUACAAAUGCGUUAUGCGACUUCGCUGAUUGGAGGUCCAUCAGCGCUGGCUACUUUUCUGGCUGUCUGCAAUCUUUUUGGACCUACUUAUCCUGGAAUACAUGACAAAGAGACGGGGGUUUAUACUCUUUUUUAUCCGGGGCUGUCCUUUGCUUUUCCAAUACCUACCCAAUAUGCAGAUUGCUGCCAUGAUGUUUCAGCUGGAUUGCCUCUUGAGUUUCCUGAUGGAACAACCCCAGUUACAUGCCGAGUUUCAGUAUAUGAUAGUUCACCAGACAACAAAGUUGGUGUUGGAUCUUUGAUGAAAAAGGCUUCAGUUCCACCACUGCCUGCUGGUAAUCUAUACAUGGAAGAAGUCCACGCUAAGCUAGGAGAGGAGCUAUGGUUCACCAUCGGUGGUCAGCAUAUUCCAUUUGGUGCAUCACCUCAGGAUGUUUGGACUGAGCUUGGCCGUCCUUGUGGAAUUCAUCAAAAACAGGUUGAUCAGAUGGUGAUCCACUCUGCUUCAGAUCCUCGGCCUCGGACAGCACUAUGUGGCGAUUACUUCUACAAUUUCUUUUCACGUGGUCUAGACAUAUUAUUUGAUGGACAGACUCACAAGAUCAAGAAGUUUGUUCUGCAUACAAACUAUCCUGGCCAUUCAGAUUUUAAUUCCUAUAUUAAGUGCAACUUUGUUAUUUAUGAUGCUAAUGUUCAAGGACCAGUCCAAGUUGGGAAUGCUUCCAGCCAUUGCAUUACACCAAGUACAAAGUGGGAGCAAGUAAAGGAAAUCCUCGGGGAUGGUGGACGGGCUGCAAUUCAAACACAAGGCUCCAUGAACAAUCCUUUUGGAUCUACUUUUGUAUAUGGAUACCAAAAUGUCGCAUUUGAGGUUAUGAAAAAUGGAUAUAUAGCCACUGUUACUCUCUUUCGAUCAUAAGAAGGUAAUUGGUGGUCCUUCAGAGGGUAGUAUAUCCUGUGUCAUACCCAGAUGUGUAUAACUUGUACAGGGGAACUCUACUAUGUAUAUCACUUUGCCAAUAAAUUAAUUUUUUUUAGUGAAAAACUUAAAAAGUUGUGUAA